AUGGAGUCCCUCGAACCUUUAGUCCUUGAAGAAGAUUGCAUCAAUCUUGGCUGUCUGCCUUCGGUAAGGCUAAUGAACCUGAAAAACUUGAGGGUCCUGUUUUGUCCCUUACUGGAACAGAAUUGCACUGAAACAACAGGCGCGGAGUGGCCCAAGAUCCAACACAUCCGAGCGAUAUAUUUGGCCUCCAGGACUCGGAAACUCAAACAUCAUCAGAUUGAAAGCAACAUGAUGAGAACACAAACAUCAGGAGAGAUCCAAGAGGCAGAGGUUGCCCUGCAGCUUGGCUCUACUGCAGAAUUAGAGGCAGAGUCAGAGGGGGAAUCUGUCCAGGAAUUUGACAAUACUGAAGAAUGA